GGUUGAAUCAGUCAAUGAGUGGCACUGCUCCCAGCCAGACGCUCCAGAGCGUCUAUAAAUAAGUCAAACGGCUGUCGAAGGGAAAGAUCGAGGGCCGCGAGUUAUAAAACACCGAUUAGAAGUGUAUUCUUCCACGUGACUGGCGGACACUCCAAUAGUAAUUACAACAUGACCAGUCAGAAGGAGGGAAACGGCAGCUCUCCGAGCGAUGCCAAGACCAAUGGACAUGUGGAUUCGGAGGCGGCGACGGCUGGCGGGAAUGACGACAACUCUCUGGAUGCCAUUCUAGUGCGGAUCGGACAGUUCGGGCGCUAUCAGAUCAUUAACUAUGUUCUACUCUGCCUUCCCAUGCUCUUUAACGCGUUCUUCUCCAUCUCCUAUGUGUUUACGGCGAGCACAGUGGUCCACAGGUGCAACGUCCCUCAGUGCGAUAGUCCCACCAGUGCGUACGAGGAGGACUGGCUGAACUUCACCAUCCCUUACAAGAGCUCCGCAUGGGAUGCCUGCCAUCGCUACGCAGUCAAUGAAUCAGAGAUCGCUUCGGGAUUCACUGAUCCUUCCGGAGAAUAUUGCGCCAAAGAUUAUUUUACGAGUACUUCUGAGACCUGCGGGCACGACUUCAAGUUCAGGGACGAGGAAAAGACAAUAUCAACGGAGUUCGGAAUAUACUGUGAAGAUGAGUGGAAGCUGUCCAUGGUGGGCACCAUCAACAAUGUGGGCCAGUUCGUUGGCAUACCCCUUGGUGGAUUCUUUGCGGAUCGGUAUGGACGUCGCACUAUGCUGGCUGUGGCCGGAUCUCUUAGCGCCUUAAUGGGCGUGAUCCGUUCGCUAUCUAACAACUAUUCCAUGUUCAUGGCGUUCGAGUUCCUGGACAUGGCCGUGGGCAGCACCCUCUUCCCUACCGCCUUCCUGUUGGCCAUUGAGCUUGUGGGUCCAAAGCGGCGAGUUGCAGCGGCUACAAUUAUCACCAUCUUCUACUCCCUGGGCGAGGCUUUCCUCGGAUUCCUGGCUUCCCAGGUACAGCACUGGCGCUGGCUGCUACGGGUGCUUUAUGCCCCUGCUGUACUGCAGAUCCUCUUCCUGUGGAUCUUGCCAGAGAGUGUGCGCUGGCUGCUUAGUCAGGGCGCUGAAGAAAAAGCCGCGGACGUUCUGAGGCGAGCAGCACGGAUCAACAAGCGUUCACUGCCGGAGGAGCAGGUGGAGGAGCUGCUGGCCAGCAACCGACAGAAGCUCAGCCAGGCCAACGAAAGUCAGUACCCGAUAAUGCGAGCCGUGCGAACCUUCUCACUACGGAUCGCUAACUGCUGCCUCUGCUGGUUCACCCACACCUUGAUCGCUUUGGGACUUAGCCUCAACUCGGUUAACCUGGGCGGAAACAAGUACACCAACUUCAUGCUGAAUGGCUUCAUCCAGAUCCCGGGCCUGCUUCUGCCUUUGGUCAUCAUGGAUCGCGUUGGCAGGCGUUACUCGCUCUGCGCCUCGAUGCUGCUCUGUGCCAUCUGCAUGGGUGCCUCUGCUGGAGUUCCAGCAGAAAACUACGCGGGAUCUCUGACACUGUUCCUAAUUGGAAAGCUGGCCAUUACGUGUAGCUUCCAGAUCCUUUACUUCUUUACGUCAGAGAUCUUUCCCACAAACGUGCGGAAUAGCCUGUUGUCUCUCUGCUCCAUGGUGGGACGGAUAGGCUCCAUGUUGGCCCCCCAAACUCCCCUACUGGCCAAGUACUACAUCUACGCACCGCAGAUACUAUUCGCUACCUUUGCUCUGAUCAGUGGCUUCCUGACCUUGGCUUUCCCCGAGACGGCUGACAAGGUGCUUCCCACGACCAUGGAGGAGGCACGCGACUUAAAUACAGCCAAACGUCGGGCCAAGGGAGUCAUGGAGGACGAACUGGCGGAGGGAGUUGAACCUAAGGUAUCCCAAUAAUGAUCUCGGGACGAGACUGAAAGGAGGCUAACUUAGAAGCCAAAUGUGUGUUAGUUUAAGGGAGUGCCAAUGCAUUUGUUGAUUUUUUAAAUUGUUUUAUUUAGUUAAGGUUCGUCCGUACCUAACCUAUUUUACCGUGAACUACACGAAGAAUUUUAUCCGUGAUAUUUAUAUGCUGCGUUGCCUUUUUAGCUUCUUUUAAAAGUCAGGAAAAUCUGUUAAUGUCAUUAUUUAUUUAUUUUUAUUUUAGUAUAUCCAUAUAUAGGUGAUCAAAUUGGUCCUAAUAGUAGGAGUAAAUAUAUUUUGAAGACAUUAACCAAAAAAUAUUUGUCAGCUUUGAAACCAAUAAUCCAAAUUAGGCAUAUACGUUCACAAAUUAGGCAUAUGAGAAAACUAAACUAAAUUUUUGCCUUUAAAUGUGUCUAUGAUGAUCAAUGCAAUUAUAUUAUAUAUGUACAUAGGUAAUAAAAUACACACCUACAAAUUGGGA